CUAAAAUCGCAUAUCAAUUUAGUGCCGGUUUCGUGUUUUAAGGUUGGACCGAGUGGAGCCGUAGGGUUUCUACUUUCUGGAACAUUUCUAUCAUCUCAAAAUCCCUAAUCUCCUUUCUUUGCCGCCCGGUCGCAGCCAACCCGAAUAAACCCCGGGGUCGGUACAGUCACUGACUCGCUUCUGCUUCGCCUGCUGUUCUAAAUAGCCUGCUGCCUGAUCGCGACGCCGCUCUUGUUGCUCCGUCAAUCGGCCGCGGCGCCAAGUCAUAUGCUUUUAGCGGCGUGUUGGCCAUCUUCCGAAGGUCGUCGUGUCUCCUCUGAAGCUGGAUUUAGCCAUUAGUCACCGAAGGUCGGAUCGCCAUCGCUCCGUCGUCUGAUUCAUUGGCGUCAAAAGGCAUCAUCUUCCUCCGAGGCUGAACCUGGUCGCUGAAGCUCGCGUCGCUGUCUCUUUGUACUCACAAUGCUAGCGCUGAAGGCACUAUCGACUUCCCGUCUCGGAAAUCGAUGGUUGAUUCCGGUGGGGGUUUUCCCCUUUUCCCCCUUCUCUGAACUGGCAGGAAGGUCAACAAUUUCAAGCUCUAAAUGUUUAGUUGACUGUCUGAUUACAAAAUUCGAAUUCCCUGAAACCAAAGCCCUCUCCAUCGCUGCUCGACUUCCCCGUCUCAAAUCUUCCCAAAAGCCCCAAGCUUUGUUCGCGUUCCUGCGAGGCCUAAUGUUCUCUCUUGACUGUAUUCAGUCUACUGUCUCUGGGGCUCCGCAGAUUCUGUUCGCUAACGUUGACAAGAACCUUAAACCCAAGAUCGAGCUGUUUCAGAAAUUGGGUUUCGAGAGUCUUCGUCUUGUUAAGUUCAUCUCUAAGCAUAGUGCUCUGUUUUCUUAUAGUCUGGAGAAGAAGCUGCGUCCUCGAGUUCAUAUUUUGCUGGAAACUUUCCAUCAGAAGGAUGUGCUUACGGCUAUUGAAAAAUGCAGUUGGCUUGCAUGUAUGUACCCAAAUUCUAGAUUGCUGUCGAACGUUGCUUUGUUGCAGAGCUGUGGCAUUGUUGGGUCUCAGCUCUCGAUGCUGUUGAAGAUGCAGCCUAGGUUGUUCAUUAGGACAGAUUGUCAAGUUAGAGACAUUGUUUCGAGGACGUUGGGUUUGGGGUUUUCAGUGGAAUCACGGAUGUUUAUAUAUGGUUUGUCUGCUGUUAGUGCCUUCAGCGUGGCAACACUUGACCGGAAGUUUGCUGUAUUCGAGGGUUUUGGGUUUUCAAGGAGUGAAUGCAUUGCAAUGUUCAGAAGAUGUCCGACCGUGCUGAGUCGCUGUGAUGAGAAGUUAAGUUCUGGCGUGGAUUUCUUUUUGAACACCGUGAAUCUGACAAAGGAGAUGGUGGUUCGUAGUCCUGCACUGUUGAUGUAUAGCAUGGAGGGAAGAGUUAUUCCUCGAUAUCGAGUUUUGAAGACUAUGGAAUCAAAGUUUCUGCUCAAGAAGAAGCCAAGCUUUAACUCUGUUAUGAGUCUUACAAAUGAAAGAUUCGUGGAAAAGUUCGUAUUCAUGUAUCCAGAACAUGCAGAGGAACUAUUAAUUGUUUACAAUGGUCGCUAUGUGGAUUCCUCUGCAGAUGCAGCUUAUUCAUAGUUGUCAGUGAUUUGAUUUCAUCCAGCCACCUCACCUGGGGACCUUGUUGCAAAUGCUUUUGAUGCGAAAGAUAUGUUGGUGAUUUGAAAUUUUGUUGAGGGUCCAUGGUUCUUAGAAGAAUGGAAUGGAAUUGCAGAUGUAAAGUGAUCAUCUUGGACAUUUUCUGUUCAUCUUGUGGCGAAGUUGACAGCAAGAAAACCUUUGUGGAGGCCAUCAGUAUUGCAAUGAUUUUCUGUGUUUGUCAGAGAUGCUCUCUGUUUGAUAUCUGAUGAUUAAAUUCCACAAAGAGAGGGAACACCACAAGGGAUAUGUGCUUAGGGCUUCUCUUUAUAGCAAGCUUGUAAAAAACUUGUGCAUGUGCUGUGCUUUGAUAACAUCAAAAUCGUUGCCUCUUAGGCGGGGAGCACGUGUCUGAAUCAUUGCCUCUUCAGGAUUAAUAACAUCAAAAUCGGUGAAAACGAUUAUUAGAAUUGGUGUAGAAGCUAAUGUGGUUUAUCUACUAGUAGUGUCAAGUCAACUUGAGGCCUCAGAGCCCUGUAUGGUGAUUUAGGAGCCAAUGGUCUAUUUGCCCAUCUCCUUUCUGUACUUGGUCCUUCUGCGACAGCAAGUCAAGAGUCUAUUUGCCCAUACCCUUGCUUGAUAUUGCUCGACUUUCUGUUGCCAUUAACUGUUUAGCCAAACCUGGUCCUUAGCUGGUGUUUCUAACAUGUUCCAUGGUAUAUACACGUUUCUGGUGUAAUCUGGGCAGAAUUGAUAUGCUGGUAACACACUAACACUGGAGUUGACAAUUUCUGUCUUGUUCUUGUGUUGCUCAGCUCUUGAUAAGCAUAUGACAGUGUUGAUACUCGGUAUUAUCGUCUCAUGAUGGUGCUGCAGAAAGCAGUCGGAGGAUGACCGUCCUGAGAAACACUUUCGAGGUUCAACUGCCAGAGGGAUUGUGCCGUUUUGCGCAGUUUCCAUGCUCCUUGAUGGCUAGUUUUUCUGUUAUUUGCCUAUUUGUAGGGGAAAUGGCAUGGCAUGUUAUGUGAAUAGUCAAGAACCAGUUGAUCCCAAUAACUCGAGUUGUUGGGAGAGGUUCAAUCGUGGAUCAUAUACCACAACAAUAACACGCCCCUUCAAACGAAAGCCACUUAAAAGAGUUUGAAGUUUGCACAGGUCUGAAGACAAGAAUACCAUGUGCUUAACAAAUGGGGGUCACCGGGAAUCGAACACAAGACCUCUCGAUCACAUAAGGCUCUGAUACCAUGUCAAGAACCAGUUGAUCCCAAUAACUCGAGUUGUUGGGAGAGGUUCAAUCGUGGAUCAUAUACCACAACAAUAACAAAUACCCUUUCAACUGGAGAUAGCCCUCAUAUGCUUGGAAAUAUACACCAUUUGAUGUGGCAGUAAAAAGGAAGAUUUCGCGGGUAAGGUUCGAUCCUUUGAAGUUGAUUUUGUUAUGCCUGUGGUUAUAGGUGUCAAAACAUGACCCGACCCGAGUAACCCGUCCAACCAACCCGAUCCGCGACCCGCCCGCAACCCGAUUGGACUAAAGGUCAAAGACUCGCAACCCGCCCGACCCGCAACCCGCAACCCGCUUGACCUGCAACCCGCUUGACCCGAACCCGAUUGACCCGCAACCCGCUUGUCCCGCAACCCGCUUGACCCGUAAUUCGACUAACUCGAACCCGCCCGAUUGGCACGAAUAAUACUACAUAAUAUAUUUUGUGCAUAAGUAUUAUAUUUAGAUAAUAUAUAUAUAAAGUUUAUGUGACUUGCCUAUUAUUUUUUCAUCUUUCCCACCAAGAACAAAAGUUUACUUUGUGUUGACAAAUGAAAACUGCCACUAAAUUUUAAAAUAAAAAGUUAGAUUGUAAUUAAUGGUUUAGUAAGACCAUCCUUAAAAUUUAUUUUAUGUCAACGUAUACAUACAAUUCACUUAAUGUAUAUCAUAGUUAGUAAAAUACGGUACGGGAAAGUUACGUAUUAAAUACUUACGGGUAUUAUACUUUGUCUCUUAGUUAAUGUUACGUUUAAUAGUACGUUAAUAGUUAUAAAUAUGUAACUAUUGAACAACAUGUUAUAAGAACUCAUAACAUACCAAACUAAUAGUCUAGUAUGUUAGAUAACAUGCUCAACAACGCAUUCACGAGUUUAAGUGCAAUACUCACAUAACAUCGUCGAAUAUGAGUUACUCUAUAGUUUUAUAUCAAUUCAAUAGCGUAAUAACUUUUAAAUAUUAGUAUAUACAUUUCAAAAAAUUACCCAGUCACGUCAACACUAUCUAUUUCAUGCCAACAUUAUAUGAUUCACGCACAUUCAUCUCUGAAAACGCCAAAACCAUAUGAUUCACGCCAAUACCCAUCUGAUACACGCCAACACUAUGUGAUUCACGCAAACACAUUCUCAUUCACGUAAACACUAUGUGAUUCACGCGAAAACAACCUGACUCACGCAAAUAGAUCGCCAUUCACGCCAAUAUUUAUCUGAUUCACGCAUAUUCAUGUAGGGACAUGCCAAAACUAUAUGUCACGCCAAUACACAUCUAAUUCACGCACAUUCAUCUCUGAAAACGCCAAAAUCAUAUGAUUCACGCCAAUACCCAUCUGAUUCACACCAACAUUAUGUGAUUCACGCAAACACAUUCUCAUUCACGUCAACACUAUGUGAUUCACGCCAAAACAAUCUGACUCACGCAAAUGGAUCCCCAUUCACGCCAAUAUUAAUCUGAUUCACUCAUAUUCAUGUAGGGACAUGCCAAAACUAUGUCACGCCAAUACACAUCUAAUUCACGC